CCCCACGGUCUGGGCCAUCGACCAGUACCGGGUCUGUCAAGAGGUCCUGGAACGUUCCCGUGAUGUUGUGGAUGAAGUUAGCGUGUCCCUCAGAUUGUGGGACACUUUUGGGGACCAUCACAAGGACAGACGCUUUGCAUAUGGAAGGUAUGUUUCUGGGUAUGUGCCACAAUCCCUGGGGAGAAAAAUGUGUUUUAUGAUUUUCACCACAGAAAUGUUUCGCUACAUAUUAGUCCAUAUAACCAAAAAGAGUGAUGAGUGACACUGAUAAAGACGAAGUUAGAGGGUGUCCUCUUGGUGUGGACCAAUUGUAAGCAUGUUCAGAUCUUCUCUGUUUAUUUCAUGGAAGAAUAACAUUGAAUCAGGGCUAUUUAAUAAGUUAACUGCCCACAAUUUUUUUAUUGAUGAUUUCCAAUUGUGAAUGAUGUCUGUUAAAAUUAAGGUUAUGUGUGAGGGUAGAUUUUAUUUUCUCAAAGAUACAGCAGGACAAAAAACAGCUGUUGCUUUGUUGGCCAGCGUGUGACCAUCCUGGAACCAUCCAAGAAGUUACACUACACUUGUUAGCAGCCAUGUAUAGAACUGCUAAACAGUUUGCUGGCUAAGUCAUGCAUUUAAUGAGGAAUAUGAGGUCAGACUCAGACUGCAAUUGACCCGUGAAUUCGUGGCUCUCUUAAAGUUAAGUAAUACUUGCAUUCUCAGUACUGUACAAUACUUUGAGCAAUUGCUCUCCAUCUUGGCGUACGAUGCGGCCUGCUUGUCAUUGGGUGUGGCGUCAGUAUUAAUUAAUCCCCUGACCCCUGUCAAGAGAAUGCAGUUCCUCUGCUGUCGGCCGCUCAGAUGGAAACUAAAGCAGAACCAGAGACGCGAGCCCACAGUUGGACAGUCCGAUGCUGCCAGCUGAUGUAUGAGAAGCAUCUGGGGACAGUGUCACAUCCUAAAAUGAGUGGAGACAGCGAGUCUGCUGGGAGACAGGCUGCCAGAUGGGCGUGGCUCUUUGGUGCGACGAUGCCUCCGUUUGAUUUGCAGAUGAAGUCUCCCUUUCCCUGAUAUGACUGGCCGGUUAGCACUGAGCAUGAUGUAACCCAGAUUUAGUGGCUGGACCUCAAUUCUGCUAGAAGGAGCUUCUCUCGCGAGCAUCUUUGCACAGGGAUUCUGGGCAGAAUUAGGAGCUUCGUACCUGAGAUUUCUUUCGCCCUCCUACACAUUAAAACACUGAAACGUGUGAGUCACGUGUCCGUCCAUCGAUUCAGACCUGCCACAGAGUCUCAGGCGCCUGCUGACCCAGGUCUAGAGCCCAUCUGGAAGCUUGCCAGAAAAGCCCGUUAUUAAUAUCACUAGAAAGAGUGACCUGACCGCAGAGAGCAAGAUGUGUGCGGGUGAAUCGGAGGGGAGUGAAGUGCCCUCCAGGAAUAUCUCUUUUAAGCACAGGGUUGAUGCCGUUCACUAGGGCGCCUCGCCCACUGGUCCAAAAACCAGCCAAUUUGCAUGCUACCUUACAGACAGUGUUCCUAAGCAGAUGCAGAAACUGUACCUGCCCCCUGGAUCCAUCUUUGUUUUAGUUAAUGCAUAGAAAACCUGAGUUUAGUGAAUUGACAGGAGGCAGAAUAGCAGACAAAUCCAUGACAGACACCACAUUCGUUUCAGCGUGGGCAGACGAAAGCCUAAAGAACUAAACUUUACCGGAGGUUCAGCAGUAAAGACUCAUCCAGACUAUGUUUACCGUAUCCACUGUAAAGCUGCAGGGGCAGAAUCGAUCAAUUCAAGGUGCAUCACUGCCAGCCUUCCAGGCAGUAUAUAUAUAUAUCCAUGUCCCUGUUUUAUCCUUGGAUGAAAGGUUUUAUCAGUAAACUGUUUCCCUUUGUUUGAAUGUUUCCCUUCAGUCUCAGUCAGUGGCUCUUCCUCAGUGAGGCAGAUUGACUCCCGCAUCAGUGACACCGGUUCACCCCGAUUUUUAAGUUGAAACAGAUAAUCUGUAAGCUGUCUUAGCCGACCAAUCAGUUUCUCUUACAUCACAACGGCUGCUCACGUUCAUUCCUAUAUGUCAUGAUAUUUGAUGGUGUGCCAAACACGAGUGGUGCAUGUGCUCAGCCGCAGUGAAAUCACUCCCGUAAAGCCAUCUUUCGGGAAUCUGUGGCCUGUUCUUGACCUUUUAAAAUGUGAUUUGUGUUGCUGAAUCAAAAAGAAGCCGAAUUGCAGUGUUGUACUGUACUUGUUUUUGUUUAUAGGCUGCCUAUGAGCUAUAUUCAGGACUUGGCAAUGAGAGAAACUGUCAGAUGUGGUGGUGUUGUGCUUCUCCAUCGCCAACCCCAGCUCCCUCCAUCACGUGAAGACCAUGUGGUAUCUGGAAAUCAAGCACUUUUGUCCGCGGACGCCCGUCAUCCUAGUUGGGUGCCAGCUGGACCUGCGGUACGCGGACCUGGAUGCCGUCAAUCGAGCUCGACGGCCACUGGCCAGGCCUAUAAAACCAUGUGACAUCCUGCCACCAGAGAGUGGCAGGGAGGUGGCCAAGGAGCUGGGCAUUCCCUACUAUGAGACCAGUGUCUUUGACCAGUUUGGCAUUAAGGACAUCUUUGACAAUGCCAUUCGAGCUGCUCUCAUCUCUAGAAGGCACCUGCAGUUCUGGAAAUCGCACCUGCGCAAAGUCCAGAAGCCCCUUCUUCAGGCACCAUUCCUGCCCCCGAAGGCUCCUCCACCGCUGAUAAAGAUUCCCGAGUGUCCCUCCGACAACACCAAUGGCUCCCGGCACCUUCUGGACAGGCCGCUCUGUGCUGAUGUGAUGUUCAUCCUGCAGGACCACAUCCAUGUCUUCGCUCACAGGAUCUACCUGUCUACCUCAUCUUCAAAGUUCUACGACCUCUUUCAGAUGGAUUUAUCUGAAGAGUCGCCAUGCCUGGUUGUGACCAAGCGGCCUGGGCGAGAUCACCUGAUGAGGACUCUCAGCUUGGACACGGAGGAAGACGCGGCUGACCUGAACACCCUCUCCCCCUGCUCCCUCAGGACAUCCAAGAGCGAUGGCACCUUGAAGAUGAUGAGUUUCAGCGGGAAGCACAGGAGGACAAAACUGUCCCUGGCUUCUUGGAGCAAGGCUUUCUAUAGCAUCCACAAAGAGUCCGUCAUCAAUCCAGUGACCAACACCCUGGCACCCAUGACAGUGGUGAAGAUGGACUAUUCCAUCCAGCUUGGUCCAUUCUGUGCGGUCCUCCGCUUCCUCUACACGGGAGAGCUGGAUGAGAAGGAGAAGGACUUGAUGAAAAUUGCACAAAUAGCAGAACUCCUUGAGGUGUUUGACCUCAGAAUGAUGGUGGAGAACAUCAUGAACAAAGAGGGUUUUAUGAAUCAAGAAAUCACUAAAGCAUUCCAUGUCAGAAAAGCAAACAGAAUCAAAGAAUGCCUGGCUAAGGAUACUUUUACAGAUGUCACAUUCAGGCUGGAUGAUGGAACCAUCAAUGCCCACAAGCCAUUGCUGAUUUCCAGCUGCGACUGGAUGGCCGCCUUGUUUGGAGGCUCGUUCUUGGAGAGCUCCAAUAACCAGGUCUCCUUUCCCAACACCAGCAGGGUGUGCAUGCAGGCAGUGUUGGAGUACCUGUACACCAAUCAGCUGUCUCCGCUGGCAGACCUCGACCCAAUAGAGCUAAUGGCACUAGCCAACAGACUGUGCCUUCCUCGCCUGGUAGCUCUGACAGAGCAGUAUGCUGUCUGUGAGCUGACAAAGGCUUCGAAAGAGGGCCAGGACAUAGACGGAGAAGUCCUCACCUACCUUGAAAUUGCUCAGUUCCAUAAUGCUAAUCAGCUAGCUGCUUGGUGCCUGCAUCACAUAUGUACUCACUACAACAGCGUUUGUGCCAAUUACCGCAAAGAAGUCAAGUCCAAAUUACCCGAGAACCAGGAGUACUUUGAGAAGCACAGGUGGCCCCCAGUGUGGUACCUGAAAGAGGAGGACCACUACCAGCGUGUGAAGAAGGAAAGAGAGAAGGAGGAACUAAUCCUCAACAAGCACCAUUCCAGACGCCGGUGGUGCUUCUGGAGCACCUCCACCAUGGUGGCAUGAGAGCCCCGCUGGGAUUGGCCGCUUUGAUCAGGCUCUGUGAUUGGGUGCUGUGUUCUGGGACACUGUCAGCAUUUUAUGUCUAGUAAUUCCUCAUCUUGACCUUCAGAGAUUGUGCCUGUUGGUGCACUGAUGGUCUGUUUCCAUACAAAACACUGGGCAAACAAUAACCUUCUUCAGGUUUGAAGCACAAGCCACCCACCCAGACAACGCAAGUCAUCAAAGCAUACAGUUGACACCACACCCAUCCCAGAGCACCCCCACACCGUCCCCAACGCUCUCCAUAUUGACACAGCUUCCUGCGUACAGUGGAUGGAGAUUGUAUUUGUGGAUUGUAUUUGUGGCUAUUUUUUUCCAUUGAUGGCUGGGUUUGACGUGCUGAAAAGGCACCUAUGUCAAAUUAGUCUAUGUUUAAAGUCAUUUACAGCAUCCGUUAAGAUGGAAAGUACGGUAAAUAGAUCACACCAGGUGUCACUACGAGUGGCAUCUGUUUCCAUUGUAAAUGUUGAUUCAUCUGGUGAGGCAAUCAAGUACUUAAUAACUCAUCAAGGUGACAGUAGUUAUAGUAAUAAUCAUGUUUAGCCAGCUCCUGACGCAAUAAACAAUCGCUAGCUCUAGAACGGUAAGAUCGCUGCUAACGCCGGGCCGUCAUUCAGCCCCUCGCGUGUCGAGCGUUGUGCUCGCCGUGUCUGUCACCGACACGCAGUCCUGUGAGCGCACAGCAGCUUGAUUGUCAGGCUUGGCAGCAGCCUCGACUGGAUUUAGGCAGAACUGCGAAUGCAAUAACCUUUUUUUUUUUUUUUUGCCUAUUCAAAAAGAGGAACCUGUCAGUGAGGCACCAUCUACACCCUGACAGGUUUCAGCCGGAGCUGCAAAUUUCACACUUUUAACUGCAGCUGUGGAAUUAUUUUUGUAAAACCUCUCAAUGUACUGGUGCGGCAUAGCAUUGAUAUAUGUAUUUAAAGAAUUGUCUCUUGUAAUUAGAAGGGCUUAGUACUGUAAAUUAGUUCAGGGUUUACUUGAUAUGGACCUUAACUCUAAAUUACAACUUAGCUGCUUCUCACUUAUUAUGACCAUUCUGCUAGCUGUUACCUAUUUCAACAGUUAAUCACAGUCUGUUAAUGUCUAUCAAAAGAUAUGUAAAAUAAGGCGAUAGAAAAGCCUUCAGUACCCUGUUAGCAGUGUACAAUGUGCAGAUAUUAUGGAGUGGAAUUCCAGUCAUGCUGUAUGAAUCCAGCUGCAGGUCUUCCGCCUUUGAAGAGCAUAUCUCUUUGUUGUGUUUAGGUAGAGGAGUUUUACGUGUUUGUGAAUAUUUUUGAGAAACUGUUUUAAGACCACUUUUUGCUGCUGCCGUUAAACUGGAAUAGUGAACCUUGAAACGUUGGGGGGAGGGGGGGGGGAACGAGUAUUUGUUGGGUAGGUUUUUUAAGCUUAGUCAACCAAAGCGGUCAAUGAAGUAGAUUGUCAAUCUUUACUAGAUACCAUGUGAUUGUCAUCGUUGGUGAAUGCGCAAAACCUCUCAUCAGCUGCUAGGUACCAAGUGGCUGGCUCAUUUGGUUCUUGCUGUCCAAGGCCUUUGAUCGUGCUGAUCAUUAUCUUUAAAGCUGUUUGUUUAAUUAUUUAUUUUUUAAAGGGAACACUAUUGAAUAAAUUGAUUUUACUUAAGUGCAA